UACACCGUGCCCAAAAAAAAUCACUUUUUCAGCUCCGAACAAUUAUUAGCAUCGAUUAAUCACCAGAUUCGCUCUAUCCCCCUUUCAUUUUUUAUUCAAGUGCUAUUUUCAUUCAUUCAUCAAACAUGGCAAUUGAAGUGCCACUCUCAUUGAUCUCUUCCAAACUCUCCCAACCAAAGAUCUCAAUCUGCAACUUCCACAAUCUCCCCUCAAAUGGGCAACUCAAAUUCAACUCAGAUUUCAAACACCCAAUUCCUAAACUCUUCACCAAAAACCCCAAACCCCACCAAACCCUUAAACCCCAAUCUCACAAAAAUCAAAUCAAUUGCAUGUUUACUGGCAUUGUUGAAGAAAUGGGCAAAGUUAAGCAACUGGGGUACGGCGUUAAUGGAGGAUUUGACCUUAAAAUUGGAGCUAAAACCGUUCUUGAAGAUGUCAAACUUGGUGAUAGCAUUGCAGUUAAUGGGACAUGCCUUACUGUGACUGAAUUCAAUGCUGAAUUGUCGGAAUUUACUGUUGGGUUAGCACCUGAGACGCUUAGGAAGACAUCGUUGGUCGAGCUCGAACCCGGGUCUGUUGUUAAUUUGGAGAGAGCUCUCCUGCCUUCUACUCGUAUGGGUGGCCAUUUUGUUCAAGGACAUGUUGAUGGGACGGGAGAAAUUGUAUCGCUUGAUCCAGAGAAUGAUUCUUUGUGGGUAAGGGUAAAGACUAGUCCAGAUUUAUUGAAGUAUAUUGUUCCUAAAGGGUUUAUAACAGUUGAUGGUACAAGUUUGACAGUGGUGAAUGUGUUUGAUGAUGAACUAUGCUUCAACUUCAUGUUGGUUUCUUACACUCAGCAAAAUGUAGUGAUACCAUUGAAAAAAGUUGGCCAGAAAGUGAAUCUGGAGGUGGAUAUACUGGGGAAAUAUGUGGAGAGACUCCUCAGCAGUGGGUUUCUUGAGUCUUUCAAAUGACCUUAAGCAUGGUGUAUUAUUCAUCUUAUGUUCCUAUUCAUCCACUUUAUCCAUUGCUGCAUUUCGAUCCCGAGAGUGACUGAAGUGGUCGAUGUGGAAGCACUCGUCUUAUCUAUACUACUAUUUUAAAAUAGGAAGUUUAAAGGACACUUGUCCUCUUCUUGCUUUACUGAAUUUUUUUUUUUCAAUUGAAAUGUUAAAAAUAAAAUGAUCAACUUUCAUUUGUGUCUCUUGGUAGAGAAAAAUUUUAAUGUGGAAAUGACACGGAGCCACGUAGGACAGUUUCAAGCGAUGUUUUGUUUUAUUAAUAGUUAAUAGAUUUAUUAUUAA